CCUAACCCGGGCUGCGCGCCUACGUUCCGCGGCGCUCCGCGAAACCGGAAGUGGCCGGGCUUAAAGCAGAGGGACCAAGUGGAACGGAAGUCACUCCGUGAAGCAGUGGCGACAGCGGCGGCGAGAGGAUGAACAACAAGUUCGACGCCUUGAAAGAUGACGACAGUGGGGACCAUGAUCAGAAUGAAGAAAACAGCACACAGAAAGAUGGUGAGAAGGAAAAAGCGGAACGAGACAAGAAUCAGAGUAGCAGCAAGCGGAAGGCUGUUGUCCCUGGACCAGCAGAGCAUCCCCUGCAGUACAACUACACUUUCUGGUACUCCAGGAGAACCCCAGGCCGUCCCACCAGCUCACAGAGCUAUGAGCAGAAUAUCAAGCAGAUUGGCACCUUUGCCUCUGUGGAGCAGUUCUGGAGGUUUUAUAGCCACAUGGUACGUCCUGGGGACCUGACAGGCCACAGUGACUUUCAUCUCUUCAAAGAAGGAAUUAAACCCAUGUGGGAGGAUGAUGCAAAUAAAAAUGGUGGCAAGUGGAUUAUUCGGCUCCGGAAGGGCUUGGCCUCCCGUUGCUGGGAGAAUCUCAUCCUAGCCAUGUUGGGGGAACAGUUCAUGGUUGGGGAAGAGAUCUGUGGGGCUGUGGUCUCUGUACGCUUUCAGGAGGACAUUAUUUCAAUAUGGAAUAAGACUGCCAGCGACCAAGCAACUACAGCCCGAAUCCGGGAUACGCUUCGGCGAGUGCUUAACCUACCUCCCAACACCAUUAUGGAAUACAAAACUCACACCGACAGCAUCAAGGCCUGGGAGGAGUUUCAUGGCCUGGUGAACAGCAGCGGCCGCUGAUCGGACGCUCCCCCUCUGUCUCUCACACUCAGGGGACAAUUCAAGCUUUCGAAAUACAAAAAUCACAUUGUGAAAGUACACAAGCUGGCAAUAAUCCUUUUCUGUAUGUGUGUGUUUGUCCGAAACGGAUGGGAGGCCUCCAGCCAGUCCUUCCAUCUGCUCACUGAAGGGACGUCCCUGAGCCGUGUGCUCCCCUUUUGCACUCAUUCCUGGAGGACGGAUUCCGCUAGACACCCUCCAGCAUCGCUGACUUUAUAAAGCGGAAAAACGGAAAACAUGACUUUGUAAUAGACAAACAUUGUUUUUUAAUGGGGCUCCGUUGGGGGGGAGUUCAGCCUUUCGUUUCGAUGUGUGCUGUCCAGAUGCCCCCUGGGCAUCCUGUGUGCUCUUCUCAUGCUGUACGAGGGCAUUGUGACCACAUGUACAUGUCAGAGCUGUCGAUGAGAGUUAUCAGUAUUAUGUCUGUGCAUCCAGGAAAAGCUUUCUGUUGGAGAGUCCCAGAAUAGCUGUAAAUGCUCUCUUGUAGCUCUGCCAUUAAAUUAUUGGGACAUUUUGUUUCUUUUUCUCCCCUCUUCCCCCAAGCCCACCACUUACUGAGGCUGUAUUACUGGUAUGAUGACUGUCCAGAAUUUGUAUCAUCUCCUGCCUUAGGCCCUCCAGUCUUCUCUCCUGUGGGACUCUCUCUCCUUCUUAGGCACUGCUGCACUUAGAAUUGUACUCGAAUGAGUCAUACUGCUUUCACUGAGGUGGCUUAGAGGGAUGCCUUGGUAAAUUAAACUGGAGCAGAAUCCACUUUGAUUGGGAGCUAGAUUAUAAUGUAGGUUCCAAGUGCAGGAUUUGGAGCUGAGGGCAUUAAGUGAAAUCAUUUUCCCGUAUGAGCAGGGCCUACUUGCAUGCCCCACAUUGAGGAAGGGAAGUGCUGGUGCUUGCCAGGCCUAUUACCACAAAAUGCAAAUUCUAUGAUCCUGAAAUGGGGACAUCAAAAGAAAAGGUGACCUUGCUGAUGGCUUUAUUUGCAUGACUGUGCCUGUCUGGAAUGGUUGGAAAACCCUAUUUUCAUUCCUUGUCACAUCAUACAUAUAUUAGCAAAUGAGUGUUGAUCCAUGAUACCCAGAAAGUAAACCUCUCGAAGCUACUGCAGGCAUGCUUUAAAAUGACCAGUCACUCAGCAGAGAAGCUGAGUGAUCUGACUCCAGAAGGACUGAAGUCAGAAGUCAAAGGAGCACCUACAAUUCAGAUAAGUAAUGAGUAAGAGUCCUACAGCAACCUCCAAGUAGCAUUGUCUUACUUGGCUCUUGUGAGCAAAGAUUGCAGUACCUUAAAUUAAGGCCUCUCUUUAAAACAUAUCCUUGAAGGCUAGGGGAUCCUUGGCCACCUGGUCUCAGAGAAAUCAUGAGAGUAACAGGCAUUUCCGUAUUGUAUUUAUAUUACUCUCUUCCUACUUUUCAACUCCUUAAUACCCUCUAAUUACCACUGUUUGGGGAUGCUUUUUUCCUGAUAGUACAGGGGAGUACAGAGAAAAGGGAGGUGCUUCCUUUACAUGUAAAGUUAGAUCAGAUAAGAAGAUCUAGCAGUGAUUUUAAACUCCAGGAAUAUGAAGAAUGCAUUCUGGUGUCCGGACAAUUGUGAAGGGCUCAGGCAAAUACAGGAGUAACACUGACUACAGGGGGAAGCAAAGGCUGCCUCCUGAAAUUUGUUUGGACCUCAGGGAGGUCUUUUGCCUAGCCUCAAAUUUGACAUGAAAAUUCCAAAGAGAGCAGGCAUUUGGAUUUGCCCUCCUUUGGGCAUCUACCUGAGACUGUUGUGGGGUGGGGGGCAGUGCAUAUGUAUACUGUGUUUGGUCAGGCCUCAUGUUUAAGUGUGUUGUCCAUAGUUUGUUUUGGUUUUUUUGGUUCAGGUUUUUGAAUCUAACGUGUUCUAGAGCUGCUCAUGUUUCCCUUUCCUCUUUGUCUUUGCAGUAUUUGACAGUUAUCUUUUUCCAUAAAAAAUGUGCUGACCCUGGACUGGUUAGAACAAAAGAUUAUCCCUUUAGGCAGCAUUUUACCUGCAGUGUUCUCCCAGAUAUUCUGUCUAAAAGCGUUAAGUUUAAGUGGGAGAUUGAAUAGUCAGUUUAUUCAAACCACCCACUUUUCCAAACUAGCCUGAGGUCUUUUCAUUUAUUUUGACUCCGUGGGCAUCUGAUAUGCUGAGAUGUGACACAGUUAUAAUUAUCAUAUCACUUGUUCUAGAGAUAAAAGGAAAAAGUCUCCAUGACCGACGGAAGCAGCAUGUUAGGUUACUGCUGGAGAAUGCAGUCAGUCUUCACUUUGCACAGUAAAGACUGUUGUCCUCUGACCCCUUUGCUGGGUUUUCUGUUUGAAAUUGGCCCCUACUCCUCUCUGUUUUUGGGUUUUUGGGUUUUUUUUGUAUCUGUGUGUGUGUAUGUGUGUGUGUGUGUGUGUGUGUGUGUUUUCCCUGUGACACUGGCAGUGGCAAUAAUUUUCCACCCAGAGAGAAGCGUGUGGUCUACAAUGCUCCAAGAAUGAAUUUCCAAGUAUUUGCCAGUGGAGGAGGAACAGAGGCUGUGACAAAAAUGGUUUAGUGUUGCACUUUCAGAGCAAUUGUCUACUGCAGUAAUAAAUGGAAAAUAUCAGCAAGAA